GUCCAUUGCUCAUGCCCAGCACCAAGCAGACAACGCUGGCCUCCUUUUUCGGCGUGCCCAAGAAGGGGCCAGCUCCUAAGCCGUCCACACCGGCGCUGUCCAAGCCAAGUUGUGCACCACCCCCGACGUCGUCUCCACCGUCGUCGUCGCUCCACACCCCGCCGUCUGACCCCAUUGACUCGCCUUCCCUCCCAAAGCGGGCAAAGAGGGCCUCAAUCGUCGUAGCCGUCAACGAUGACCAUCUCACUCCCCCACCUGUGAUGUCUCCGAAGAAGCGCGCGCCCGCUCUCGCUCCCGCUACACCCUCGCCGGAGCCCGUGACGGAUGACGCUAUGGAUGUCGAUCACCAGGAUUCUCCACUGGUGUCUAGGCGGAGAGCCAAGCGCAAGGUUGUGUAUGUCGAGUCUGAUGCUUCGAGCGACGAGGACGUCUCAAAGGCGAACGGUCGCAAGCCGCGCAAAAGCCUCAAGGCUGACGAUUCCGAAGACGAGUUUGUAUUUGACGCGGACGAUGAUGCUGCGCUUGCUGCCGCGGCCGACGAGUACGAUGCCAUGAUCUCGGAUGCGCCUUCCCCUUCGAUCGCGUCUACCUACUCCCGCUCGGCGUCACCGGUGAAGCAGCCGGCCCGGAAGAAGACAGCCGUUUCGAAGUCGGCGUCGAAGAAGGCCACCACCUCAGGCGGGUCUACCCCCGCAUCAGCCUCUCGCGCUCCGCCGCUGGUGUCACGCACCAGCUCGUCGGGUGGUGGCUCUAGCCUCUUCCUCACUGCGGCAGAGCGGAAGAAGCUUCAGGCCAAGGAGGACAAACGGGAAGCGGAGACCUGCUUUUCGUUCCUCAACGACAUCAAGGACAAGGAAGGCAACCGCCCCGAGGAUCCUGAGUACGACCCCCGAACUAUCUACAUUCCUAGCCGGGCGUGGAAUGAGUUCACUCCUUUCGAGAAGCAGUUCUGGGAAAUCAAGCAGAACCAUUACGACACGGUCCUCUUCUUCCAGAAGGGCAAGUUUUACGAACUCUACGAGAACGACGCGAUGAUCGGACACCAGGAAUUCGACCUGAAGCUCACGGACCGUGUCAAGAUGAAGAUGGUCGGCGUGCCCGAGCAGACCUUCGAGUUCUGGGCAGCCAAGUUUCUCGCAGCGGGCUACAAGGUUGGCAAAGUCGAGCAAGCUGAGACGGCCAUUGGCAUGGAAAUGCGGACUAAGGGAGGCGGCAAGGAGAUCGUCCGCCGAGAGCUCGCGCAGGUGUUCACCAACGGCACGAUCGUUGAUGGCUCGUAUUUGACCUCUGACGAGGCCAAUCACUGCGUUUCCAUCAAAGAGUUCACUGGCGAUGCCAAUACGCCCUCCGCUUUCGGCAUCUGUGUCAUGGAUGCGUCAACUGGAGAGUUCAAUCUCACUGCUUUCGAAGACGACAUUUGUAGGACUCGCCUCGAGACCAUGUUCCGCCAGAUUCGCCCCAAAGAGCUUGUCUUUGCUAAGGGGAACCUCUCCGUGCCCACUACUCGGCUGCUUCGCAACAUUCUACCAGCAAGCACACUGUGGCAGUCGUUCAAGCUUGGCAAGGAGUUCAUGUCCAAGGAGGACGCAGUGGAGGCUCUCCGCGAGAUAUUCUCCUCUGAUGGAUCUGGCGAUCCGGAGCUUCCCGAGGCAAUCACUGCAAUGAUGGACCAGCCUCUGGCAAUGGAGGCGCUCGGCGGCAUGAUCUUCUACCUCCGCUCCCUCAACCUCGACAAGGACCUCAUCUCGCAGAAGAACUUCAACAUUUACGAUCCGAUCAGGAACGGCAAGAGCCUUGUGCUGGAUGGCCAGACGCUGGCUCAUAUGGAGGUGUUAAUGAACAACGAGGGUACGGAAGCCGGUACUUUGCUCAGCCUGCUUCAGCGCUGCCUGACGCCCUUCGGGAAGCGCCUCUUCCGCAUUUGGCUUACCGCCCCGCUGAGGGACGUGAAGGCCAUCAAUGAGCGACUUGACGCUGUGGAUGACUUGAUCGCGAAUCCUGCUUUCACCGGACAGUUCACGCAGCUAGUGCGAGGGCUGCCGGAUCUUGAGCGUCUCGUGUCGCGUAUCCACGCAGGCUCCAUCCGCCAGACAGACUUCCUCAAGGUUGUUGAUCAAUUUAGCAACAUUCAGUCGGCCAUCGAUCUCCUUGUUGGCGAGUCCGAGAAAUUUGCAUCAUCGAGUGUCCGCGGCCUCCUGCGCACAGCGCCAGAUUUGUCUGCUAACAUCGCCCACCUGAAGUCAAUGUACGAGGUCGAGAACACAACGAAGACGAUCACGAUUCUGCCAACUCCGGGCGCUGAUCCCGACUGCGACGACGCAAAAGAGGCUGUUGAGGAGAUUGAGCAGAAGCUCGAGUUGCUCAAACAGCAGGCGAUGAAGACAUUAGGCACCCGCGAUGUGUCUUUCUGGAGUAAUGCGCAGAGUAACAAGGAGAUCUUCCACCUCCUGGUACCAGCGAGCGCCAAGGUUCCCAAAAACUGGACAAAGUGUGGCGGGACCAAGAAGCAAACCCGUUACAUCACGCCGCAGACGCAACCAGUCAUUCGUGAAAUGCAGGAGGCACGUGAGACUGAGGCAACGGCGAAGAGGAAUUUCUUCCGCAAGCUUCUCGCCGAGUUCGACAGCGACCGGACGGCGUGGCUCAGCAUGGUUCGUGUCGUUGCUGAGCUGGACUGCCUCGUGUCGCUCGCCAAGGCAUCGCACGACAUGGAUGAGCCAAAGUGCCGCCCAGAGUUUAUGGAAACUGAGCAGGCGUUCGUCGACUUUGGCGACCUGCGACACCCUUCCAUGUGUCUUCAGCGCGACUUCAUUGCGAACAAUGUACAGCUUGGCGCCGAUGUGGCGCGUACCACUCUCCUCACCGGUCCCAAUAUGGCGGGCAAGAGUACUUUGCUACGCAUGACAGCGGCAGCCGUAAUCAUGGCCCAGCUAGGUUGCUACGUUCCCGCGGCUCAUGCUCGUUUGAGCCCAAUCGACAAGAUCCAGACUCGCAUGGGCGCAUAUGACAACAUGUUCGCGAGUGCGAGCACCUUCAAGGUCGAGCUUGACGAGUGCUCCAAGAUCUUGCGGGAGGCCGGACCGAAGUCGCUUGUGAUUCUUGAUGAGCUCGGUCGCGGGACCUCAACCUUCGACGGUAUGGCUAUUGCUGGCGCUGUUCUGCAUCAGCUAGCCACGCACACUUUGCCCCUUGGGUUCUUCGCCACUCACUAUGGCUCGCUCACUGACGAGUAUGCAUACCACCCCAACAUCCGGAACAUGCAUAUGCAAGUGCACGUUGACGACUCAGACGGCGUUGUCUUCCUGUACAAGCUCAUCACUGGGCAUGCCGAGUCGUCCCAUGGCACGCACGUGGCGAAGCUCGCGGGCGUUCCUAAGAGUGUCAUCGCUCGCGCAGAUGAGGUGUCCGCCCAGUUCUUCCGAGCGUUUCAAGAGAAGCUCGAGUCGCGGCGGCAAAGCGCGUUGCCGCUUCCCGCACAGGCUGACUUCGCAUGGCUUGUCAAGCUCGCGUCGGACAAGGCGGAGGAAACAACGGCAACCGUGGCGCAGCAGCUGGACGUGGUGUGUCGCGCCACGACCAAGUAUGAGUAUGCUGCGUAGCUUGGGGAGAAGAAGGAGAUGGAAGGCAGUAUCUGGCAAGUUGUAAAGUAGAAGAGUGUAACAAGAAUAUGAAAUGCAUCGCCACUGCAGUUAUGA